CUUAGAUCAUAUUGAUUUGUAUACUUCUGUCUGUUGGCAAAAGUACAUCUGUCGCCUUUUGGAUUUACGAAAAAUAUGGUUAAUGGAAACAUUGUAGGUGUCCAUAGUGAUGGAGCAUAUACCAAUGUGAUUUAUACGAUUGGUACAAGAACAAUGGAACCAACAUGUUUAUUUUUAGAUUAUAAUAGUUUGUGAGAUUCUAUACGGCUGGGAAAAAGUACUAUGCUGCUUUGCUGCUUUGUGGAGUUUUAUGCAAGUCAAUAACAGAAGAUUGGAGAUACGUUGUCUUGGAGCAAAUAAAAAAUUUGUGGGACAAGAAAAAUGGAAUCUACAUGUUUAGUUUAGAUUCUAAAAGUUUGUCUGAUUCUAAACGGCUGGGAAAUACAUAUCUGCUGCGUUGUGUAGUUUAGAAGAAUGCCGGAGGUAAGUCUUGAGGAGCAUAUAACUAGGUGACUGCAUAUAGUGCAUUUGUCUCAUCUAAUUAUUUCGUAUUAAAAAAAAAUGAUACAGCCAGUUUAUUGAAAAAAUAAAUGAAGUUAUGGACACUCCUUGACAGAGACAAAAUAGUAUUAUCUCGUAACUUCCACGAUGGCAGUCUUUUCGGUUAUAAAUUUUAUAGAAUCUAAAACUGAAAUUCUCUUAUAUACUAUAUAUUCUCUUAUCUCGUUCCUUUCACUCUUCGUGAAGUGAUAUGAUACUUAAUAUAUACUUGACCAUACAUAAGAACUUUGGUUCAAGAAUCUUUGAUCGGGAUUUCAAAGAAAAUGAAGGAACCAGCAGAGUUUGCAAGAAGGCUUGGUGAUGGAGAAGAAGAUGGUUAUGAUGCUGUUGUUGUGGGGUCUGGAUAUGGUGGUUCUGUUGCUGCUUGUCGCAUGUCAAUGGCCGGCAUAAAGGUAUGUUUAAUUGAAAAAGGGCGGAGAUGGGAAGCUCAUGAUUUUCCAACAGACAGCUUGAAGAUCAUGUCUGCUGUAAGGAUGGAGAACCAUAACUUAGGUGUCAGCUUUGGCCCAAAAGAUGCUCUAUUCCAGGUACAUGAACAAAAUGAUUCUCUAGCAGUGGUGGCCUGUGGGAUUGGUGGAGGUUCACUUGUGAAUGCAGGGGUUAUGGUGCCAACCCCAGGAUUGGGAUAUUUGUGA